UUAUGAUUAUGGAGGUGUGUCACUGUCGUAUUUUUCCAUUUCAUUUGUGUGACACGUUCUCGCUCUCGAUCUUUACCACACUGAUACUACACGCUUUAGCUUACCCAAAAAAUACUCCAUACGUUAGCGAGUGUUGUUCUCUCUCUCUCUAGUCCAGUUAAGUUUCUUCAACUUUGUAACGAAGCGACGACACGUAGCACCAUCCCAGUAACCUUUGAUCAGAAACAACAAUGGCGCAGAUCGGAAAGACGCUACUCGAUUCCGGCUGGCUAGCUGCCAGAUCAACAGAAGUUAACGACGACGGCGAGAAGCUCACCACCACAAAUCCGCCGUCUCUCGGUCCCAAAUCUCCGUGGAUGGAAGCCGCCGUACCCGGAACUGUUUUGGGCACCUUGUUGAAGAACAAAUCAAUUCCAGAUCCUUUCUAUGGAUUAGAAAACGAGACUAUCACUGACAUUGCCGAUUCCGGAAGGGACUACUACACUUUCUGGUUCUCCACACAGUUCCAUUGUAAACGGUUGUUGAAUCAAUACGUGCAUUUGAAUUUUCGUGCCAUCAACUACUCUGCUGAGGUGUAUUUAAACGGCCACGAGAUUGUGCUUCCCAAAGGAAUGUUUCGCAGACAUACACUUGACGUUACUGAUAUUCUGCGUCCUGAUAGCGACAAUCUACUUGCUGUUAUCGUUCACCCCCCUGAUCAUCCUGGGACUAUACCUCCCCAGGGAGGCCAAGGUGGUGAUCACGAGAUUGGGAAAGAUGUAGCUGCACAGUACGUGGAAGGUUGGGAUUGGAUUUGUCCAAUAAGGGAUCGGAACACUGGCAUAUGGGAUGAAGUGUCAAUAUCUGUUACCGGGCCUGUAAGAAUAAUUGAUCCCCAUUUGGUCUCAACCUUCUAUGACGAUUACGAAAGGGCCUACUUGCAUGUGACUGCUGAACUUGAAAACAAAAGCACUUGGAAUGCUGAAUGUUCUGUGAAUAUUCAAGUAACAGCCGAACUCGAGAACGGUGUUUGUUUAGUAGAGCAUCUUCAUACAGAGAAUGUUCUGAUCCCUGCUCGAGGAAAUAUUCACCACACAUUUAAACCGCUCUAUCUAUAUAAACCUGAACUGUGGUGGCCCAAUGGGAUGGGAAAGCAAAACCUCUAUGACGUCUUGAUCACUGUCGCUGUGAAAGAAUUCGGAGAAUCUGAUUCGUGGAUGCAGCCAUUUGGAUUCCGUAAGAUUGAGAGUGAUAUUGAUAGUGUCACUGGUGGAAGGCUGUUCAAGAUCAAUGGAGAGCCAAUAUUCAUCCGCGGUGGUAAUUGGAUACUAUCAGAUGGGUUGUUACGCCUCUCCAAAGAACGUUACAGAACGGACAUAAAGUUCCACGCAGAUAUGAACAUGAACAUGAUCCGUUGCUGGGGUGGUGGGUUGGCUGAAAGGCCGGAGUUCUAUCACUUUUGUGAUGUCUACGGUUUGUUGGUCUGGCAAGAGUUUUGGAUCACUGGAGAUGUUGAUGGAAGAGGUGAUCCAGUAUCAAAUCCAAACGGACCACUAGACCAUGACUUAUUCCUUCUAUGUGCUCGUGAUACCAUCAAACUUCUGAGAAACCAUCCAAGCCUUGCUCUUUGGGUUGGUGGAAACGAACAAGUUCCACCAGAAGACAUAAACGAGGCUCUGAAGCAAGACCUGAGGCUUCACCCUUAUUUCACAACGCAACUGUUACCAGACGAGGAUUCAGAUCCUAGUGUUUAUCUUGACGGUACCAGAGUUUAUAUUCAAGGAUCCAUGUGGGACGGCUUUGCAGAUGGAAAAGGAAACUUCACUGACGGACCUUAUAAGAUUCAAUACCCUGAAGAUUUCUUUAAAGACACAUAUUAUGAGUAUGGGUUCAAUCCAGAGGUCGGUUCGGUUGGAAUGCCAGUUGCAGAUACUAUAAGAGCGACAAUGCCUCCGGAAGGUUGGGAGAUUCCUUUGUUUAAGAAAGUUUCAGACGGGUUUGUGGAAGAAGUGCCGAAUAGAAUGUGGGACUACCACAAGUACAUUCCAUAUUCUGAACCUGGAAAAGUUCAUGACCAGAUUCUGAUGUACGGUACUCCAGAGAACCUCGAUGACUUCUGCUUGAAGGCUCAACUGGUGAACUACAUUCAGUACAGAGCUUUAUUCGAAGGGUGGAGUUCGCAAAUGUGGACAAAGUACACGGGUGUCUUAAUCUGGAAGAACCAAAAUCCAUGGACUGGUCUCAGAGGUCAGUUCUACGAUCAUCUUCUUGACCAAACAGCCAGUUUCUAUGGCUGCCGUUCCGCUGCAGAGCCAGUCCAUGUCCAGUUGAACCUGGCAAGUAACUUCGUUGAGGUUGUGAACACGACUCCUAAAGAGCUAGCAGAUGUGGAGAUAGAGGCAUCGGUAUGGGACCUAGACGGUAACUGCCCGUACUCCGAAGUGUUUAACAAAGUCUAUGCGCCGCCAAAAACAGCUGUGAAAAUAUCAGAGUUCAAGUACCCGAAAUCAGAAAAUGCAAAGCCUGUGUAUUUCCUUCUUCUCAAACUGUACCGUGCCUCAGACAAAACGGUUAUAUCCCGGAACUUCUACUGGCUACAUCUGCCUGGGAAAGAUUACACGCUCUUGGAGCCAUACAGAAGGAAGCAAAUACCUCUCAAGAUCACUUGCAAUGCAGUUAACGUCGGUCCAGAGUACGAGCUGGAGAUCAACGUCCACAAUACAUCUAGAGCUGACUUAGCCGAAAACGCUCUUCAGGACGAUGGAAAACACGGUGUGGGUUUGCUCCAGAAGCUCUUUAGUAGAUUUGGUGGUACUGAAGAUAGCAACCGCGGAUUGAAAGUGGUGGAAAUGAAGGGAUCUGAUCCAGGAGUUGCUUUCUUUCUUCGUUUUUCAGUCCACAAUGCAGAGGCAGAGAAACAAGACACGAGGAUUCUGCCUGUACACUAUUCAGACAACUACUUCUCACUAGUUCCGGGUGAAUCAAUGUCUUUUAAGAUCUCAUUUUCAGCUCCUACAGGCAUGAAGAAGCCUCCUCGUGUUAUGCUUCGGGGAUGGAACUACCCUGACGGGUUUACUGUUUUUGGUUAAGGCAAAUUACUUUUCGUGUGCAAAGUCAAAACACUUUCACUAAAUGGAACUUUUAACACAUAUUGUAUUGGCAGCUCUCUAUAAUAUGCACCCAACACUCUUUAGAUUACACAGAUUUGGUACAUUCAAAGAGCAUUUCAGAAUCA